AUGGAUUUGGGUCAGGUUCUGGCAGAUAAUGCCGCGAAGCAGCAAGUUAAGGAUGAGCUGGCUGAAAAGUGCCAGAAACUUUUCUCAGAAUUUUUAGAAGUAUACCAAAGUGCUGAUGGGGACGUUAAGUAUUUUAAAGAUAUUAAAGAGCUUAUGCGGCCAGAACGGAAUACUUUAUGUGUGAACUUCACCGACCUAGAAUAUUAUAAUCAGCAGCUAGCAACAACCAUUCAGGAAGAGUUUUACAGAAUUUAUCCAUAUAUUUGCCGAGCUGUGCGCAACUUUGCCCAAGAUCAAGGAAACAUCCCUGCUUCAAAAGAGUUCUAUGUGGCUUUUCAAGACUUCCCCACCAGACAGAAUGCAUCAAUAAGUGAACUACUUCCUAGUUUUCAGCUGCACUGCACGAGAGUGGAGACAAGUACUCGCGUUUCAGGGGUGCAGGGGUCUGAACUUGAUGGCAUACAGGGCCUGAAAGCUUUGGGAGUUCGUGAUCUUUCCUACAGACUGGCUUUCUUGGCUUGUUACGUAGCGCCUACUGAUCCCCGGUUUGGUGGCUCAGUGUACAGGGAGGAACAGACCGCAGAAAGCAUCAAAAAGCAGAUGACUCUGCAGGAGUGGGAAAAAGUGUUUGAAAUGAGUCAGGAUAAAAAUCUGUAUCACAAUAUUUGCACCAGCCUUUAUCCUACAAUUCAUGGUAGUGAUGAAAUUAAGAGGGGAAUCUUACUGAUGCUGUUUGGAGGAGUUGCAAAGACUACAAAAGAUGGUAUUUCUCUUGGUGGUGAUACUAAUAUCUGUAUUAUUGGUGACCCCAGCACGUCCAAGAGCCAGUUUCUUAAACACGUGGAAGAGUUCAGCCCUCGUGCUGUCUAUACUAGUGGGAAAGCCAGCAGCGCUGCUGGUUUAACUGCGGCUGUAGUAAAGGAUAAAGAGUCAUAUGGAUUUGUAAUCAAGGCUGGUGCUUUGAUGUUGGCUGAUAAUGGAGUGUGUUGCAUUGAUGAAUUUGAUAAAAUGGAUAUGAAAGAUCAAGUGGCAAUUCAUGAAGCUAUGGAGCAGCAAACUAUUUCAAUUAUGAAAGCUGGUGUGAAGGCUACAUUGAAUGCUCGAGCUUCUAUUCUUGCAGCAGCAAGUCCUGUAGGUGGGAGAUAUGAGCGAUCCAAGACUCUCAAACAGAAUGUGAACUUUAGUGCUCCAGUCAUGUCCAGAUUUGAUCUAUUCUUCAUCUUGUUGGAUGAAUGCAAUGAGGUGACAGAUUAUGCAAUUGCCACGAGAAAUGAAGAAUGUGUUCAUAGGGUUUAUUCUCCAGAAGAUAUUCGCCGAUAUUUGCUGUUUGCACGGCAGUUUCAAUCAAAGAUGUCAAGAGAAGCUGAAGAAUUCAUUGUUCAGCAAUACAAACUCCUGAGACAGCGUGAUGGUUGUGGAGUUGCAAAAUCAGCUUGGCGCAUUACCGUUCGGCAACUGGAGAGCUUGAUUAGAUUAUCUGAGGCCAUGGCUCGUAUACAUUGCAUGGAUGAGGUACAGCCAAAGCAUGUUAAGGAAGCAUUUAGACUGUUGAGCAAGUCGAUCAUUCAGUUGGAAACUCCAGACGUCCACUUUGAUCAAGAAGAAAUUGAACCGACUGCCAGUAGUGUGUUUGACACUAGCCUGGAGAACAACGCUGGAAAUGCUGGUGAGAAUGUGGAGAUGGAACAGCAGGUUCCUGACGUGCACAAGCCUGCCCUAAAUAUGUCAUUUACUGAAUACAAGAACAUUUCUAAUUUGUUGGUCCUACAUAUGCAAAAGUUAGAAGGAGUCGAAGGUGAUGUGAGUAUGCAGAAAAGUGAUCUUAUAAAUUGGUACCUCAAGGAGAUGGAAAGUGAGAUUGAAACAGAGACUGAAUUGAUUUUGAAGAAGAUACUGAUUGAAAAGGUUAUUCAACGAUUGGUUCACAAUGAUCAUAUUCUGAUAGAGUUGACCAAGUCUGGACUGAAGAAGCUAAAGGCUGGAGAAGAGGAUGAUACCGUUGAAGAAGAUGAUCCCUUCUUAGUAGUUAAUCCAAACUAUGUUCUAGAAGAUUAGUGCAUAUUACAGUUUGAAGAUACUAGAUGAUUAGCUCUUGAAGCUUGCACGUCAAUUAAAAUGUAUAUGUGGUGAAACUAAUUAUAGUAAUUAGUAAUUUUGCAGUGGUAUAUCCAUUAGUAUUGAGAUUCAACAAGGUAUGGAACUUGGCAAUUAAUUUAUUUCACAUUUGUACUGUACUAUGGAAACAUUUAGAUUAGUACUGAAUAUCCCUUCAGAAA